AUGAGACAGAGGAGUUACCUCGGGAAAAUGCUUAAACAGUCUGAAGUCUUCCCUAGUGGUUCAGUGGUUAAAAGACUCUGUGCUCCCAAUGCAUGGGGCAUGGGUUCAAUCCCUGGUCAGGGAACUAAGAUCCUGCAUGAUGCACGGUGUGGACCAAAAAAAAAAAAAAAAAUCACACACACAAUCUGUGGAGGAGAGCACCAAUUCCCACAUGAGCACCAGGACUUCAGCGCUGAUUUGCUACGUAGCAGUCCAACAGGCCCCAAAGACAUUCCGUUCACCCAGGGCCAUGCUUCACAAACUUUAACAUGCUUCCAGAGUACACACUGGAACAGAUCUGGGCCCCACCUACAGUUUCUCACUGGAAGGUCUGGGGUGGGGCCUAACAAUCUGUGUGUGUAUCCAACAAGCUCCCAGGUGAUGCUGCUGCUCUGA